GUGCGACAACUACGAGGCUUUGAGAAGGUGAUGAUCAAGGCUGGUGAGACUACAAAUGUUUAUUUCCCUUUGAUGAGGAAGGAACUCAGUGUCUGGGAUGUAGUGGCACAGAAGUGGCUUCUGCGGUCAGGAGACUACAACAUUUUGACCGAGUCGUUCGGACCGUCUCGUAGGGUCAACACAGGAAAAGGUCGUGUUCAAACGGACAAGCCUCACAACCAAGAAUGGGAAAUGCUCUACACCAUCGUGUUCGAUUGCCCGACAAAACCCGGUGUAGCCAAACACCCUCGUCUGAAGAUAUGGACAGCAGAAUGAUCGAGCAGCAGUUCAUAGGCGAUUCUUCCCAGGCAAUGGAAUCAAGCACUAGGCUCCCCUCAG